CCAGAGCUAUACUAACCACCGUAUAAAAACCCCACCACCUCCUCUCCCUCUCGCCCUCGAUCGCCCCACCUCCAUCUCUCAUCGAAUCUCUGGCGUCUCCAAGGUCACCUCCGACGAUCCCUCUCACAUCACAACAUUCUUGGCCAAGAUCCUCCCAGCUGCUCGCUCCAAGCUCCAGCUCUGACCACCACACCGCGUACGUGGUGGUCUAGCAAACAUGCUGUCUUCACACCACGAGGCCAUGCUGCCGUAUGCGCCGGGGCCGCCGCCGUCGCUGCUGGUGGAUCGGCGGUACAAGCAGGGCGGCGAGGCGGCGCCCAACUGCCCGCGCUGCGACUCGCCCAACACCAAGUUUUGCUACUACAACAACUACAGCCUCAGCCAGCCGCGCUACUUCUGCAAGGGCUGCCGCCGCUACUGGACCAAGGGCGGCUCCCUCCGGAACGUGCCCGUCGGCGGCGGGUGCCGGAAGAACCGCCGGGGCAAGUCGUCCUUGCGCUCGGCGGCGGACGCCGCCAUCGCGAGCGGCGGCGGCCGUGAUGCGGCGUUCGGCCACCACCGGUUCCCGGGCCCUGUCCGGCCGGACCUGGUCCUGGAAGGCAUGGUUGGCAACCCGUCGAACCCAGCUGGCCAGGCGAUGCCCGGCGGCGUACCCGCUGCUACCGAUGGCUCCACCAUUGAUCUCGCAAUGCUGUACGCCAAGUUUCUCAACCACCCGCCGGCGGAGGAAGGUGUCAAUGCCGUGACACCGGAGUCGGCAGGGCAGGUCGUCGACGAGGCAUUCGACACGUUCAGCGCGUCCAGCGACCUGAGCCCCGGCGUUCUGGCGCCGCUGCAGUUCGAUCCGUGCCACGACGGGUUCGGUGAGUGGUCAGCAGGCGGGCCAGUGAGCAGCACUGGCCCCUCGAGUACGGCUAGUACUACCGCCGCAACCACCAUGCUGUGCGCUGAUGUGAGCGUGCAAGCUGCGUUCGGCGAGCUCAACUUCGCCAUGGAUCAGAGCUGCUUCGACUCGCUAGGGUUGCCCACGGACGACGUCGUCGGCAACCUCUCGUCGUCGUGGUGUUCGAUCGUGCCAGGCUUGUCGACGUUAGAGGACACCAAGUAUGACUCGUUGGAUUCGUUCCCUGACGACGCCCUCAGCCUUCACGAGGACAUGAUUAGCGGGACUGAUCAUGAUUGGAGCGUGGAUUGCCAAGGAUUGGAGGCUCUCUACAUGCCGUAACUACACAUUUGCAUGAUCCAAAUUCUUCUUCUUCUUGCUAAUUUGAUUUGAUGUUGUUCUUGUGAUUGGUUUCCUACAUUUUUUUUCUCUUUAAUUUUCUUUCAUUCAAUUCGGUUUGGAAGAAAUAUAUAUAGAGGUAUAUGUAUGUUUUGAAGAGGGGUACAGUGAGGGACAAUCGCUCAUGUAAUUGAAUUAAGGAUUUCGGUAUACUUGUGAGAUAGAUCGAGGCAAUACAAUAAUGAAGCUUGGAAAUACUAGUCUCCAUAAGCA